AUGGAGCAUUCCGAGAAUCAAGAAAUUGACUACGCGAUUGCACGAAAAGCAAUUUUCGAAGAAUUCAAAGACCCACUGGUCAUCGCUGAACAUUUCCCAAGACAGAUAUCGGCAAAAAAGGCGCUUAAAAAACAACAAAAGCGGAAACUAGCCAUCGAAGAAGAAGAGCGACGAUUUUAUGAAUACGACAGUGACUCGGAUAUGUCAACAUGUGAGCCGGAGGAGUACAACGAACGGAUCAAGAAAGAAGAAUUGAAAGAUGAGGAUGUGACGAACGAUAUAAAGACUGAAGCACAACUUGACAAAGAAAUGAAAGAAGAACCGAAAGAUAUAGAUUUGGAGAAAGACAUCAAGACUGAACCUCCAUUUGAGGAAUAA